UGACAAAUUCAAAUUAAUUGUCAAAGCCAAAGUUGUUUAGUUACGAUCUGGUUGCGAAUUGCAAAAUUUGUUUUAAAAUUGUAAAAGUAAAUGGGUAAGAAUUACGAAAAUGAUUUGCUUUUUGUGUCUUAAAAAAAGCGAAGCUCUUAUAAAUAUAUACGACGGCUUAGAAGAAGGCUUUAUAUCAUUAAAUAUACCAAAUAUUAUUGAGAAGCACGUUUGUUUUAAGCCCGAUAAAGAAAAUCCAAUGUUGUGUAAAAACUGUUGGCUGAUUAUAGAAUCCUUCUAUAUAUUUUGUUUAAAUAUAAAAAAAGCUCAUAAUGGGGAAGAGGAAAGGAAAAGUGAAUAUGAUAUUAAACCUGAAUUAAAAUGUGAAGUGGAAGAAGCCAUUUCAAGCGAUCACUUAAGUUCAAUCUGUGAUAAUGAAGAUACUUCUUUCUGUGUCAAAAAUGAAGAUGAUGUUAUUAGAAAUGUAGAGAAAAUUUCAAGGUGCAGAUUAAGCAGACAAUGUAAAAACAAGUUAUUAACCAAAAAUGAAAUAAUAAAUGUCCAUAAUGGAAACGAAAUAGAAAAAGAAAAAUUAAAUGCGAGUAGCAGAGAAGAGCUUUUUAUAAAAGAUGUGGAAAAACAGAAUGUCGACAGCAAAGAUGUUUCAACAAAGAAAAGAAAAAGAAGCACGGUUGUAAGAAACGCUGACGCAGUUGACCAAAAAAUUUCCAAAUAUAUGACAUUAUCAUGUGAUAUUUGUGGGGAGCAAUCACCCACUUUAGCCGCACUCAAAUCCCACUUCCGUCUCAUUCAUCAAGAAAAUGGGUAUGCGGUAUGUUGUAAUCGAAAAUUCAAAAAGCGAUAUUUACUCAUAGACCACAUUGAUUGCCAUUUAAAUCCGGACCAUUUCAAGUGCGGAUUAUGUGAUAAAACUUUCAGUGUAGCAGAUUCUUUAAGGAAUCAUAUGAGGGAUAUUCACGAAGCUAGAGAAAGAGUAUUAGUUCAGUGUGAUCAAUGUCCUAAAAAGUUUAUUCGGAAAUCAAUUUUAUUAAGGCAUAAAGCUUACCACUUGCCAGUUGAAACAUGGGCAUUUCCAUGUGAUGAAUGUGGGAAAAUAUUUCCAAGUAAGUUCUACCUUAGGUCACACAAAAGUUUCUCUCAUAAUAGUCUACCGACGAAAAUAUGCUACAUCUGCGGUAAACCGGUUCCGACAAGCCGAUAUAAGAAGCAUAUGAGAUCCCAUGACUCUAAAAAUGAGGAAGAAAAAGUUGAAUGUGAAAUAUGUAAAGCAAAAUUGAAUAAAAAAUAUAUUAAAGUGCAUAGGCAGCAUCACGAGGAAGCGGAAAAAGAAGAUUUUUUUUGUCCAAUUUGUAAUCAUAAAUCUCCCAAUCGUAGGGCAUUGUACAUUCAUACACGAUACACACAUGCAGAUCAGCGAAAUCAUGAAUGUCACAUUUGUCAAAAGAAGUUUAAAAGAAAAUUAGCCUUAAGGCAACAUAUGGGAACUCAUACUGGUAACAACUUGUAUUCAUGUCCUUAUUGCCCAAAAACUUUUACAUAUGAUUCAAAUUUUUAUAUUCAUAAGAAAAAGGAACAUCCAAAAGAAAUCGAAAUUGAAAGACAAAGGCAAACUAGGACAAAUUUCACUGAACACAAAAGUAAAUCUGAACCAGCUCAAAAAGUUGAGGAAUUCAAUAUUAUAAAUGAAGAUUCAAUAACUUUUGAGGACAUUAAAAUUGAAAAUUUUGAUGAAUUCAAUAGCAUGGAGUAACUUUAACAGUUCGUUCAAAAAAUUUAUGUAGCAUAUGUAUAUUUAAAUUGAAAAUAACUUAGAAAUACUUCAAAGCGUGUACAUGUUACACACAUUGAUCAUAAGUUUUUUAGAGCAUGCUUACAAUAUGUACAUACAUACACGUAAAAAUAUAUAUA